UCUUACCUUGAUUUAAUCUAAAGGUUUAAUUUUGAGUAAUUUUGAUAAACUAAAUUCAAUUUUCUAUCAAAAUUUAUGGUUUAUGUAUCUUAGAUUGCUAUGGGCUUUGUUAAAUUUGACUCGUUAUUAUGACUCACAUGUUUGGGAGUGAAUUUUGCAAAAAGUAAAUUCAUUGAUUUCAUCACUUCAACAUAAUUUCCAGCAAUAGAAGAGAUAGUAGAAACCUUCGUAUGUUUUCAAUAACAAUGUCUAAGAUAUUUAGUUUAUAUUUAAUUCUUUUGUUGGUUUCAAUUAUGGUCCAAACAAUAAAUAAGAGAUAAAGCUAAUGAUUGUUCAUGUUCAAUUUCAUUCUGGACAAAAACUAACUACAAUUAUCUAUCAUUAUAUUUUUGUCGUUGUUGUUCAUAUUCUUGACCUGAGUUGUUAUCUCUAUAUCUACUAGUUGGGUUGCUUUUAUGUCUUCUUGGACCACCUUAGUAAAAUCUUGGGACAUGCCAACAUUUAAUGAAGCUUGGAAUCAUUUUCAAAUUGAGUACAAAGACUAUGUUUCAGUUCUGACUUACUUGGAAAUACUUGGCUUCCAUGGAAAGAGAGGUUUGUAUUUGCAUGGAUAGGGCAGAUUUCACAUUUGGUAAUAAUGUUACUUCCAGGGCAGAAGGUGUACAUGCAACCUUAAAGAAAUAUCUUCAAGUUUCAACUAGUGGUCUUUGUGAAGUGAAGGAAAAUAUUUGUCUUGCCAUUGAAAAUCAAUUUCAGGAAAUUAAAACACAACUAUUGCAAGUGAAAAGAUUCAUGUUCCUCAAAAGCUUUGCAUCCCUUUCUUUAAAGAGGUGGUUCAUAAGGUAUCUUUCUAUGCUUUGUAUGAGUUACAAAAGCAAUACUUGUUGGCAAAUACCAAUGACUAUUCAUCUCAAUGUAAGAGCCAAUUUUCAAAACCAUGGGUCUUCCGUGUGUGCACAUGAUCAAGGAGAUGAAUAUUGAAGUGCUGCCUCUAAAUCAAAUUCAUAUGCAAUGGAGAAUUGACACAAGAUCUUUCCCUAAUGAUCAUCAUGCAAGCUUGGAUCAUGAAGAUCCUUGCGCUACUCUUUUAUCUGAGAUUAAAAAGAAGUAUGAAAAACAGCCGAUUAUGCAAAAAGAAAAUACCAUAAGGCAGCUUUCUCAAGUACUUGGUGCAUCUUGUCCCUUAAUUUUUGAACCUACUAUUCAACCUCAUAAAGGUCGUCCGGUAGGAUCAAAUAAAAGAAAAGAAACUAGCUCUACAAAGCGGGAACCUUCACAUUUUGAGAUAGUAGAGAAGACUCCUCGAAAAUGUAGUGGUUGUGGUCGGUGUAGGAUUUCUUGCUCAGUACAUAAUCAAACCCUUACUAGGCUUUGUCAUUGCACUGGAAAAGAUUUAUGGCUUUUGUGUAAUUUACUCUUGAAAUGUUUUUGGAUGGAAGACUGGACUUUUAUAAAAAAGAUGAAGUAUUGGUGUGAAUGCGAGAUGAAUAUGAAGAUAGAACUACGUUAUUAAAUUUUAAUAAUGAGCAUCGAAGUUGGCUGGAAAUCAGUUAUCUUCUGUUUUUAUCUCUCGCGGCAUAUAAGAGUUUUGUAUAUGACAUAUAAUUAUGUAAAGGUACAUUAAUGCUAUAUGUCUUCUAUCUUGUUCUUUGGUGUAAAAGUGUUUGUUUAAGAGUUGCAAGGAAAAACAUCUAACGGAUUCUUGUUUG